AUGGAAUUUGCGUACAAUAAUAGUUAUCAAACAACCAUUGCAAUGGCCCUAUACGAGAUGCUUUAUGGCAAGAAGUGUCACUCACCCUUGUAUUGGGAUGAGAUAGGAGAGAGGCGACUAGCUGGGCCAGAACUAGUGGUUGAGGCUAUAGGUGCUAUAGAAAGGAUAAGGAAGCAUAUGCUCAUAGCUCAGAGUAGACAACAAAGUUAUGCCAAUGCCAAAAGGUGGGACAUCGAGUUCGAGGUGGGACACAAGGUUUUCUGGAAAGUCUCGCCAACAAAAGGUGUCAAGAGGUUUGGGAAAAAGGAGAAAUUAAGCCCGAGAUAUGUAGGUCCUUUUGAGAUUAUCGAGAGGAUAGGACCAGUGGCUUACUGCUUAGCUCUACCUCCUGCAUUGGCCAAUACCCAUAAUGUGUUUCAUACUUCCAUGCUCAGAAAAUAUGUGUGUGAUCAGUCCCACACGCUUAGUUAUGAACCGCUGGAGCUACAACCGGACUUAAGUUAUGAAGUUAAACCAGUUAAAAUACUGGAACGAGGAAUCAAAGAAUUGAGAACUAAAAAGAUACCCCUAGUUAAAGUCCUGUGGAGCAACAAUGCAGUUGAAGAGGCUACUUGGGAACUAGAGGGUGACACACGCGAGAAGUACCCCGAGAUAUUUGGGUUAAAUUUCGAGGACGAAAUUCUUUUAAGGAAGGGUGUUGGAAAUGGUGGUUGUCGUGCGUGGCUUUGUUGGUCACGGGUGGAGGUCGGUGGUGGUGAUGGUGGUUCUAGUGGUGGCCGAAGUUGUGAGCAUGGUGGUAUAGGGAGUGAGUUCGUGGCUACCAUGGUGAGAAACCUUGGUUCGAGUGGCCAUGAAUGA